AUGAGCGUUGAGGGCGGCCCGGGCGGCAGUCGGCGCCGCGGGGCGGAGAGCGGGGACGCCGAGCCGCCCCCGUCGCCUCCCCCGCCGCCGCCGCCGCAGCCGCCGGGGGAGCCCGCCUCGGUCCCCGCGCCCCCGCGCUCCCUGCCGCCGCUGCCCGCGUCCCCCGAGCGCCCCGCAGGGCCGGCCGAGCCGCGUGCAGAGGUGGCCCCGCGGCGCAGGGGCGCGGAGGAGCUGCCGCCGCCGCCGGCUGGGCAGGAGGUGUCGGCGGCCGGCGACUCCGGGGAAGGUCCGAGGCGCCUUCCGGAGGCGACGGUCCCGGAGGCGGCGGCGGGGAAGGGCGGCCCCGGGGAGCCCGAGGCCGGCGCGGGUGGUGAGGGCGAGCGGCGGGGAGCCGGCGACCAGCCCGAGACGCGCUCCGUGUGCAGCAGCCGCAGCAGCAGCAGCGGCGGCGGCGACCAGCGCUCCGGGCACCAGCACCAGCACCACCAGCCCAUCUGCAAGAUCUGCUUCCAGGGCGCCGAGCAGGGGGAGCUGUUAAACCCCUGCCGAUGUGACGGGUCAGUUCGGUACACACAUCAGCUGUGCUUGCUAAAAUGGAUCAGUGAGAGGGGGUCCUGGACCUGUGAACUCUGCUGUUACAGAUACCAUGUCAUAGCCAUUAAAAUGAAGCAACCUUGCCAGUGGCAAAGCAUUUCUAUAACACUGGUUGAGAAAGUUCAGAUGAUUGCUGUAAUCCUAGGAUCCCUGUUCUUAAUAGCGAGUGUGACCUGGCUCCUCUGGUCAGCCUUCAGCCCCUAUGCAGUGUGGCAGAGGAAGGACAUCCUUUUUCAAAUCUGCUAUGGAAUGUAUGGUUUUAUGGAUCUAGUGUGCAUAGGUCUCAUUGUCCAUGAAGGAGCUGCAGUUUAUAGAGUGUUUAAACGCUGGCGAGCUGUCAACUUACACUGGGAUGUAUUAAAUUAUGACAAAGCCACAGACAUCGAAGAAAGUAGCCGGGGAGAGUCUUCCACAAGCAGGACUUUAUGGUUGCCACUGACGGCUCUACGAAAUAGGAACUUGGUCCACCCAACACAGCUGACCUCCCCAAGGUUUCAGUGCGGCUACGUGUUAUUACAUCUGUUCAAUCGGAUGAGGCCCCAUGAAGAUUUGUCAGAAGAUAACAGCUCGGGGGAGGUUGUGAUGAGAGUGACUUCAGUGUGACAAAGCUAAGAAGGUGCAGUGUGGACC